AUGAAAGAUCGGCCCCUACUCACUCAAGUGAUCCGAUUUUUGGCUUCCUCGCCGUCAUGUGCACGGUGCUGGCCAUUGGAAAACUUUGUGUGGGAGCUGAAGGACGGAUCGCAGUUCACGGUUUUUUCUGCCGAGACAAGAAGGCACCGGCGCCUCCCUGUCCGCCUUCCUCGCCUUCUGGUCCUACAUCAUCAUCCUCAACACCGUGGUGCCGAUCUCUCUUUAUGUCAGUGUGGAGCUUCAAUUCGACUGGGAAACAGUCUUCUACAUUCAAGAGGGACAGUGAAGAUUGUACUCACUCCCGCGAACGACACGGCGGCGGAGGCUCGGACCACGACCCUGAACGAGGAGCUGGGCCAGAUCAAGUACGUCUUCAGCGACAAAACCGGAACUCUGACCCAGAACAUCAUGACCUUCAACAAGUGCUCCAUCAACGGCAAAACAUACGGUGAUGGUUUUGACGUUAACAUGGGACAGGAGACUAGGAAAAUCACAGAGGACACGGAGACGGUGGACUUCUCCUUUAACCCGCUCGCCGACCCUCGCUUCCAGUUCCACGAUCGUUCUCUGGUGGAGGAGGUGAAGCUGGAGAAUCCCGAGGCCCACGCGUUCUUCAGACUGCUGGCCCUCUGUCACACCGUCAUGGCAGAGGAAAAGACAGAAGGAGAGCUCGUGUACCUGGCCCAGUCUCCGGACGAGGGAGCCUUGGUCACCGCCGCCCGGAACUUUGGUUUUGUGUUCCGCUCCCGAACCCCUGAGAGCGUGUCCAUAGUGGAGAUGGGGCAGCCGCGCACCUACGACCUGCUGGCCCUCCUGGACUUCAACAACGUCCGCAAGAGAAUGUCCGUCAUCGUCAGGAGUCCGGAAGGGAAGCUCUCUCUCUUCUGCAAAGGAGCCGACACCAUCAUCUACGAGAGACUGCACGGGUCCUGCAGAAAACUCAUGGACGUCACCACAGAGCACCUGAACGAGUUUGCAGGGGAGGGGCUGCGGACUCUGGCCCUGGCCUAUAAGGACCUGGAUGAAGAGUACUUGAGCCAGUGGCAGCGGCGCCACCAUGAGGCCAGCACGGCUCUGGAGGACCGAGAGCAGAGACUGGACGAGCUUUAUGAGGAGAUCGAGAAGGACCUGAUGCUUCUUGGUGCGACUGCGAUUGAAGACAAGCUGCAGGACGGAGUUUCUCACACCAUCGAGCAGCUCGCUAAAGCCGACAUCAAAGUCUGGGUUUUGACGGGCGACAAGCAAGAAACUGCCGAAAACAUCGGUUACUCCUGUAACCUGCUGCGUGAGGAGAUGAACGAGGUUUUCAUCGUAUCUGGAAACUCCCCCGAGGAGGUCAGGCUGGAGCUCAGAAACGCCAGAACCUCAAUGAAACCAGACGUGGCCAAUGAUUCAGUCUUUCUGCCUGAGACGAGUUUGAAAAGACCCAAAGUGAUGAUGGACGAGGCGGUCAGCGGCGAGUACGGACUGGUCAUCAACGGACACAGCCUGGCUUAUGCCUUGGAGCGCAGCAUGGAGCAGGAGUUCCUCCGCACGGCCUGCAUGUGUAAGGCGGUCAUCUGCUGCAGGGUGACUCCACUGCAAAAGGCUCAAGUGGUGGAGCUGGUCAAGAAGUACAAACACGCCGUCACGCUGGCGAUCGGAGACGGCGCCAAUGACGUGAGCAUGAUCAAAGCGGCUCACAUCGGCGUGGGCAUCUCGGGGCAGGAGGGCAUGCAGGCCGUUCUGUCCAGUGACUAUUCCUUCGCACAGUUCCGGUUUCUGCAGCGCCUCCUGCUGGUGCACGGCCGCUGGUCCUAUCUGCGCAUGUGCAAGUUUCUGCGUUACUUCUUCUACAAGAACUUCACCUUCACCUUUGUGCACUUCUGGUACGCCUUCUUCUGCGGCUUCUCUGCGCAGACGGUCUAUGACGAGUGGUUUAUCACGCUCUAUAAUCUGGUGUACACUGCUCUGCCGGUGCUGGGCAUGAGUCUGUUUGAACAGGACGUGAACGACUCAUGGAGUUUCCAGCACCCGCAGCUGUACGUGCCUGGUCAGCUCAACCUGUACUUCAAUAAAAAGGCCUUCGUCAAGUGCGUGCUGCACAGCAGCUACAGCUCCCUGGUGCUGUUCUUCAUCCCCUACUUCUCCGUCUGCGACACAGUGAGGGACGAUGGGAAGGAUUUGGCCGACUACCAGACCUUCGCUGUCCUCACUCAGACAUGUCUCAUGUUUGCAGUCACCAUCCAGCUGGGGUUAGACAUGUCGUACUGGACGGCUGUAAACAUUUUGUUUGUGAUCGGGAGUCUGCUCAUGUACUUUGCUGUGACAUUCACCAUGUACAGUAAUGGUCUGUUCCUCAUGGUACCAUCAUUCUCCUCCUUCAUCGGAACAGCUCGAAACUCCUUCCAACAGCCCAACAUCUGGCUGACUGUGGCCCUGACGUCACUGCUGUGCAUCCUGCCUGUGAUCACCCACCGCUUCCUCAUGCUGAAGCUGUACCCCACCAUCAACGACAAGGUGAUGAUCAAAGUGCGACAGGCUAAAACCAAGCUUCCUCCUCCGACUCGCCGCAUCCGCGCACGCCGCACCAGCUCCCGUCGUUCAGGUUACGCCUUCUCCCACGCUCAGGGCUACGGCGACCUGGUGACCUCUAAUCGCUACCUGUCCCGGCGGCCGGCAGUGACGCGCUCCACCGGCUUUGCUCACAUUGGCCGCAGUACCGGGUUCAGCCCCAUGGGGCGCUCUGCGGGGUACAGCCCCACAGGGCGCCCCCAGAACAACAAGGCCAACAGUGUGGAGGUGAUGUCACUGCAGAUGUACAGGACGAUUGAGGAGCCUUCGCUUUGA